GUUAAUGUCUGCAGGCUGAGCGGUUGCUCUCCUCCCACACGCCCACACCAGUAUAAACAUUUCUGUGGAGUGAGGAGACUCCCCAGCCGUCCGUCCGGAGGUCACUUGAGAGCGCGAGUGCAGACCGGCGGGAUGGCACUUCUUGGGGGUCAACCGUCAACUUUCCCGGAGGUAGUGGAGCUUAACGUAGGCGGUCAGGUGUAUGUGACCCGUCUGGAGACUCUCACCGCGGUGCCAAACUCCCUGCUGUGGGUCCGCUUUACCCAGAGUUCCCCGUCAGAGCUGCCCAAAGACCGCCACGGCCGCUUCUUCUUCGACCGGGACGGACAUCUGUUCCGAUACAUUCUGGAUUACUUGCGGGAUACGGAGCUGUUCCUGCCGGAGUUUUUCAAAGAGAGGAAGCGGCUGCAGAGGGAGGCGGACUUCUUUCAGCUGCCGGAGCUGGCCAAGCGGCUGGCGGAGGCCGCCUACCCGGAAGACGGCGGGGACCCGGAGGAAGCUGAGCUCGGCAGCCCCGUGUGCUCCUCCACGUCCUCGGAGCGAGCCCUCCGCUCUCCGGGUUCCGGCUCCGGGUACAUCACCAUUGGGUACCGAGGCAGCUACACCAUCGGCAGGGACAUUCAGGCGGACGCCAAAUUCCGCCGGGUGGCCAGGAUAACCGUCUGCAGCAAGAUUUCCCUGGCUAAGGAGGUUUUCGGGGAGACCCUCAACGAGAGCCGCGACCCGGACCGGCCGCCUGACAAGUACACGGCCAGGUAUUACCUGAAGUAUAACUUUCUGGAGCAGGCGUUCGACCGGCUGGCCGAGGCUGGGUUCCACAUGGUGGCCUGCAACUCCACCGGGACCUGCUCAUACGGCAGCAAUGACCCGGGGGAGGACAAACUGUGGACCAGCUACACCGAGUACGUCUUCUGCCGGUGAUCGUCCGGCUGUCCCUGAACGGCUCAUGAGACGUUCAAGUAACAAUCAACACCACUUUUUUUUUUAAACUUUAGAUGAAGUUGUUCUUUUGUAGUUUAUUUCAGCUUUAAUCUAAUAUUGUGAAGCACACUUACCUAAAAUCGUCCAAUAAAUCGCGAGAUUCUUUUAAUUGAUGGUUUUCCUGGAUCUCAAAGAAGCCUCUGUCUUAAGCAGACAGUAGAAAAAUGUUCCCAGGGGGAAAUGUCAGGACUCGCAGCCUUUUUAUUUUUUUUAACCACUGAACUUUAAUGUUACUAUGUUGCCAAAGGGUGUAGGGGAGCGGAUAAAGUAAGAUUUACUCUUAAAAGGGUGGAUUCUUUUUCUUCCAUAUGCCAGUUAUUUUUACUGUUUUUAUGAUCUCUUUUCAGUAUAAAAGCUUCUUUUGUUCUUAUUUUUGCUCAGAGUGCUCGCUUGAAAAUAAAAUCUCAGUAUGUCUGUGUGCUACCAGCUGAUGUACUGUUAAUGUUUUCUUGGUUGAUGUACAGAAAAUAAAGUGUGAUUUUUGUAACACUA